GGACAGGUACAUCUGACACAAGGCCCACUUUCAUACAUCCUGGCCUGGCGCGAACUAGAUAACUUGCCGCUUCAACUCUUAUCCACAUAACCUCUUCAGGCAGCUUUUCUUUCCGCCGAUAAACUGAAGCUUAAAGCACUUUCUAUCUCAGGGUACAGGCCAAACUGACGCGCGCCCUUUGCCACCAGAGCUUCAACCUGCAACAAGUCCAAUACGUACAAAUUAGAAGCACAUCGCGUGAUCAAGUAAGCGGUAAUGGAGGCAACCGCUUCUUCACUUCCCUCACCGCGCGACGACCGCGUGGAAAAUGGGUGGACGCUCAUCGAGCGGCCUGCGACUGCGCCUGACGUUACAGAGGAGCCAACUGAGUCCAGGCCGCGCCCUGCCAGCCCCACUCCAGAGGCAACGCCCGAAACUCCUGCGGAGCGAGAGGAAAUACCGGACGGCUUGAAGUCGCCUGAGAGCGAGCGCCUGGCUGACGAUUUGCUGCGGGAGCCAUUCCAAGCUGGACUACCGGUACCUCUGCAACUUCAGCUCCCAGUGGCUCCCGCCAUCGCCGCUGUGGAAGAGCCAUCCACCCCCACUGGCGCCUCCGGGCCGCACCUGGGCGGUUCCUGCGGCGAUUUGGACUGCAUGCACCUCCUGACUCGCGAUGACCCCGUCACCUGCCCCGGUGAAGACGCCGCGGCUGCAGCACCCAGCUGCUCCAGCUUCACCGGCAGCGCAUGGACGUUUGAGCGCCAACGGGAGCGCAUGCGUGCUGCCAGCCGGUUGUCCGGAGAGGGCGCGCUGGAGGGCUUCCAGGACCCGCAGGCACGUCCUCAGGGUGAAAUGGACGGCGGUGAUGCAGACGCCCACAGCGGCACCGACUCGGCAGCCGAGGCUGAGGGCAACGCCAGCGACUCCAGCUCGGCCCUGCGCGGCUCCGUGCUGUCGGCGUCCCUGGGCUGGGACGUGCUGCUGUCUGGCAUGUGGAGCGACAUGGUGCGCGAGUGGGAGGAUGUGCGGGCGCUGCUGGCCACCUCGGCGGCGGCGCUGUGGGAGCGCAUGCAGGAGGGGCGCCUGGCGGUGGAGGAGUGGGUGGCAUCGGUGCGGGCGUCGGCGCAUCAGGCCGCCAAGUCGGUGGGUCGCAGCGGCUGCCCGCUGUGGGCGCUGGUGGGGGUGAGCGGGCUGGCCGCCAUGACGCUGGCGGCGCUGGCCUCGCAGAUGGUGACCAACCGCCGCCUGGCCCUGCAGCUGCGCCAGCGGGACAGGGACCUGGCCCGCCUGGUGGUCAAGAUCCUCAACCUGCAGGACGCGCUGCAGAGCGCCGCACGCGCCGCCGCCGUGCCGCUGAUGCGCCACCCCUCCCUGGAGCGCUUCGCCACCACCACCCUCAUCGGCAUGGUGUGAGGCACACCGCGGGCGCCCAAGGGCGACUCGGGAGGAGGGAUGAGAACACGUGCCGAGGGCUGGCGGGAAGGCCUUCCAUGCGCUGUGUUUGCACUGCUGUGCUGCUGUGCUUCUGAUUGUCAUCUUCGACGGAGAAUUGCUUCGUACCCCUUUGGCUUAACAACCUGUGUACAAAAUGUUGAAUGUUGCUUCGUGCGCUCCUAAAUGGUGUUUGUCUGCUGCCAUCCUUUGCUUUUAUACUUGCGUGUGUAGAGUUGUUGCACUAGUCAAGCUAGAGGGCUGUUUUUUAGUGUGUGUUUUGAGGAGAGCUUUAUCCCCCAGUCGGUUUACUGCUAUCGGUGCUGCAUUGGCCAUGUAACCGACAUUUCGUGUUGGGCCGUUCUUGCGCACUGUGGAGUGCCUGGGGUCUGUCCAUACUGUACCAAUCCUGAAGUGUACUAAAUGAGGUGGUGUGAUGGGGCUGUUGAGUUGUACUUGGUUCCGGCUCCGCCCCGGGCGGCAUAGACGCACCCCUGCGCAAUAGCUUGGUCGAGGCGUAGGAGUGUGCCGUUGUACAAUAGCGCUUCGGGAGUGUUGGAGCGUUGCAGUUGACGUGAAGUGUUGCCUGCUAGUGUGUGGAAGAAAAAGAGUGAGACGAGAGUUGUAGCGCGCUGGGGCUUUUGUACCAUUAUGUCAAGUCCGUGCUUUUACGUUGCGUUUUAAUUGUGUCCGGUUGCUGCACGGCCACACGACACAGCCUCUUCUUAAAGGGUGGAGCUCUGCUGUCAUCCUGUCGCAAAUAUCAUUCCCUUGCAGUACCCUCUGUUGCGGAGCGGCGGGGCGCUUACAGCGCAAGGUUUGACGGGCUGUGCUGACGUUGCUUGACACAUUACAGUGGAAGAAAAAGUACUCGAGGGGCUUCAUAAGGCCCCGUUGACGUUUUGCAGUCAUUGCGUCAAUAUACAUUGUCUAGGGGUGUGCCGGGGCUUUCACCUUGUUGCCGACUGUAGCGGUUGUUUGUUGCAGGCGGUUGGCCGGACAAACUGUUGAGAGCGUCUGUUUGGUGCCCCUGCGCUUCUUUCUCCCUUCCUUCCUCGGCUUACUAUGCCAACAAGGUUCCCACCAUGUGCUACUGAGGGCGUUCCGCAGUCGUUGUACUUUUUUGUUGCAGUUGCUGUUGCCGCUAUCAGCCCACCUCCACUCCUCAACCGUGUGUACAGUAAUGGUGGUUCCAAUGGAAGGAGGUCGAGUAGGGAGCAUAUCUAUAUCCCCAGGUUUAAGCUUACUCAGGCAUGACGCUAUUGCCAGCCUGUCUUAGGAAUGACUGCCCAUCGCCUCUGCCCGUCAUUGGAGGGGUGUAGUUUGUUGCUAGUGAUGGCCGAACUGUUGAAACCUGACUGGCCUCCUUCUAUGGCAUGGGGUUAGUAGUCGGUCGGUUCUGACCUAGUCUUCUUGGUCACUGGAAGCCCUUGUCACUGUAUCAUAAACGGGUACAGAGCCUGGGGCAAGGCCCCCCAACCCGUACCCUUUUCUUCAAGGGCCGGUGCAAGUGGACAUAGGCACGUCUCCAACGCUAUUGGGAUUCUCAAAUGGCCACGGUUACGGGCACACGACACGAUGUGGCGGUAGGACUGACGUAGGUUACGGUUUGCCGGAGUAAUACGGUACUUCGGCACGCAUGGAAUUAAGCUGUGCCCGCUUCCUAAGCUGUGCCAGCUUUUGGGGGCACAGCAAUGUCGUCACGGUCCCAUGUGCGAAUUACUGUGAGCAGGUGGUGGUAGGAGUCUGGUUGUUUGCCAUCUCAACAAAGUGGGUGGAAGGACUCACUCAGGGCAACGAAAGUGCAUGUUUGCUUUCGCCGCCUUUUGAACAUUGUACGAAUAAUGUCAGGAGAGAUAUGUUGCGUAUU